UGUCGAUGAAAAUGAGGGUGAUCCCCGCCUGCGGCGGGUGGCCCGGGCGCGGGCGGCGGGGGCGCGGGCGGCGCAGUGACGCCGGAGCGGGAGGGCGGGCGGCGGGGCGGCCGGCUGGCCGGCAAAUGGGAGAGAAGGCUUUGGUAGGGGGGUAGAGCCUGGAGCGCUGGGAAAGAGCUCAUGGAGAGAGGACGCUUGGCAGCGUAAGCUUUGCGAUGGCUGCCCAGUCGAGCUUGUACAACGAAGACAGAAACUUGCUGCGUAUUCGAGAGAAAGAGAGGCGAAAUCAGGAGGCUCUGCAGGAGAAAGACAAGUUCCCUGAGAAGACUCCCCUCUUUGCAGAACCCUAUAAGACUAAUAAAGAAGAUGAGUUGUCAAGCCGAAUUCAGAACAUGCUGGGCAAUUAUGAGGAGGUCAAGGAGCUCAUCAGCAACAAAUCCCAUCAGAAUCUCAUAGGGAUUCCAAAAAGUGUUGCUCCUCUGAUCCCACAAGGAAAGCCUGAUCGUCCAUACUUCCCUGAAAAGACCAGCCAUACAUUACCAUCCUCAUUCCACCGCACAACCCACCAUCCACCCAUGGGACCUACGGCUGUAGCUCCUCCCCCUCCAAGCCACUCCGUUCACUACCAAAAGGCACAAUCAAGAACAGAAGCAGCUUCAGGUUUGCACGCCAAGAGUCAUAGUGUAUCAAAUGGUCAGAGCCAAGGUCAAGAACACAAUCAUGGUGGCCAGGAGAGUCAUGCAGGUUUUCACCACAAGAGAAAUGACAGGCAUGCGGUUGGUGAAGGUCAUGCUAAUGAACUGCAGCCUUCCAUUUUGGCCCAUUCUCCAUUGCUGUCACCUGUGUCUUCUCCAGUGGCACCCCCGUCACCUCUACAUUCCAGCCAGCAUAGCAAUUCCAGGUCACAGAACAGCAGCAAAAGUCAUGGGCCAACCCACAGUCAAAAAAAAUCAUCUCAGGACCUAGUGACAGGAUCACAGGAGAAGGAAAGUCAGGAUAGCUCAGCUGUUACCCUAACCAGCACCACUCAGCCUUCCUCUCAGACUUUUCCCCCACCAUUGCCAUCAAAAACCAGUGCAAUGCAGCAGAAACCAACUGCCUAUGUCAGACCAAUGGAUGGCCAAGAUCAGGCACCAGUUGAAUCACCAGAGCUCAAACCUCUCCUGGAGGAAUACCAUGGAGAACCUGAUGAAAAAAUCUUAGAUUUGAAGGCGAACGCUAAAGCCAAACUAUCCAAAUUGGAAAUCCCUUCUGAGCCUGUAGAGCAAACCUUCCCCAGUGAUGUCCAGUCUAUUGAAGAAAUUUUGAAGGAAAUGACCCACUCAUGGCCACCUCCCCUGACAGCUAUUCAUACGCCUAGUACAGCAGAACCUUCCAAAUUUCCGUUCCCAGCAAAGGAAUCACAGCAUGUUGGAUGUGUAGCACAGAAUCAGAAACAGUAUGAUGCACCUUCAAAAGCGUUGCCUAGUUCUCUACCAAGAACAUCAACGCUCCAGGACGACCUGCAGCUCAGUGAUAGUGAAGAGAGUGGUGACGACCAAGUUGUUGAAAAGCCACCUUCUUCACUUGCUCCUCCAAGUGCCCUACAGUCCCAGCCCAAGAGUGUGGCAUCAGCACAUUCCAGCAGCCCGGAGUCAGGGAGCACCAGUGACUCAGACAGCUCUUCAGACUCAGAGACGGAGAGCAACUCGACUGACAGUGAAGCAAACAACCUUCCGAGAGCAUCAGCACCUGAGCCUGACCCACCAACUUCUAAUAAGUGGCAGCUCGACAACUGGCUAACCAAGGUGAAUCCACCAGCAGUACCAACAGAGAGUCUCAGUGAAAUUGCCCAUGGGGAUGGAUGUGAGGAGGGCAAGGAACCCGAACAGGGUGUCAGCAGCAAUUCCUCCCACCAGCACGUCGAGCCGAGGGAGCCUCAUCACGAGAGCUCCAGCCAAGCAGGCGGGGCUCCUGAGGAUGCUCAUCUUCCGACCAAACACAACUGCCAGAAGUCUCCUUUGUGCGCCGAGGAGUCCUUGCCCAGGCAGACUGCGGAUAUCAAAAGGCCCAGCAAGGCCCCGGUGCGUGAGGUGUCCAAGGGAUGCCUGAAAGUGGAGAGUGACACUGGUCCCUUUGAGGUCAGAGACCAGUCUUCCAGAGACAAGCCAAAGGUCAAAACGAAAGGGAAGCCAAAAUCCAGUGACAGAAAAGACCUGAAGCCGGCACUGCAAGAGCCCCCUGAGAGCAGAAAGCACAAGAGCUCCCACCAGGCCAACACCAAACCCUUCUUGGACCUCAAACGCAUGAGAGAGGUUUUGUUUGGCAGCACCCACAGGCAUCUUGCUCUCAGUGCCCUUCCUGAAGGCCAGGACAAAACCCCCACCAGGACUAGUGGCCACAGGCCUGCCAUCGUGGCCAGAGAGGAUUUUCACAAGGAGAAACUUCCUGUCCCUAUCAGGGAGAAGAAGUUGCUCUCACCAGCAAAAGACUCUCCCACCCCUCCGUCCCUCGUGGUGAAAAUAGAUCUCAAUCUUCUGUCAAGAGUCCCCCAGCCCCCUGGGAAAGGCAGUCACCAGAAGAGACCAGAGGCCAAGGAGCUCCCCAGUGCAAGGAAGCAGGACUUGGAGAAGAAAACCACAGACACUCCUGACAAGUCCCUUCAAAAGAGGAAGAGGCAAGUGGAGAAGGAGAUUGAUAGGAAGAAAAUGAAACCAGAAAAAGAAAAAAAAUCAUUGCAGUCUUCAGCUAACGAAGACUCCAGUAAAUUGAAAGCAUCAAAAGCUUCAUUUGAAACCCAGAAGAAAGAUCUCCUGCUACCCCCGCCACCACCACCCAUGUCUCUUGCACAGCCUGCAUCAAAGCCAACCAAGAUGGCCCAAAAGAGACCCAGAAGUGAGACCUGUGAGCUGCCGGCCAUGGAUAACACUGCCAGUAACAAGAGCAACCACAAGGAUCCUUUGUUCUCCAAGCACAAGAAAGUGGAGAGAAAUCACGCUGAACUGUUGAAGGGCAUCAAAGGAUCUGCAGGGGAUGUCACAAAUCCUUUCCCAGUGCCUUCUUUGUCAAAUGGUACCUCCAAGCCAAGGAGACCUCAACUCAACUUUGAAAAACAGCAUCCAACGGAAUACUACAUAGAAGAGGCCAAGAGGCUAAAGCACAAAGCUGAUGCAAUGACCGACAAGACUGGAAAGGCCUUUCAGUACCUAGAUGCUGCCCUUUCCUUCAUUGAAUAUGGGAUUGCCUUGGAAUCGGAUGCACCAGUACCAAAAUCAGCUUACAGCAUAUUCAGCGACACCAUAGAUCUCAUCAAAUUCACCAUGGCACUGAAAUCCUUUGCGGACUCCUCAGCAUCUUCACAUGAAAAAAUCUUUGCUGUGUUAUGCAUGCGCUGCCAGUCCAUUCUGCACAUGGCAACAUUUCGUUACAAAAAAGAUACUGCAAUAAAGUAUUCCAGGAUCCUCAAUGACCACUUCAAGAGCUCUUCCAGAGUAACAAAAGCACCUUCUCCAUGUGUUGCAAGAAGCACAGGCAUGCCUUCUCCUCUUUCUCCAAUGCCCUCUCCUGCCAGUUCUGUGACUUCUCAGCUGGGAUCAAAUGCUAGCAACUUCAGUGGCAACAGCAUUGGUUCUUCAGUCACUGUCCCUUAUAACAUCCCAAGCAUCACCUCUUCCUAUGUCAACAUCACUUCCUAUAUCCUCUAUGCAUAUGAUAUUUGGGAACAGGCUGAUGCACUGGCCAGGAAGAAUAAGGAGUUUUUUGCUGAACUCAGCACAGCGACAUGCGCUCUGGCACUGAACAGUAGCAUGACUGAACUGGUACACUACACUAGGCAGGGUUUACAGUGGCUGAGACUGGAAACAAAUAUGCCUUAACUGGUGCUUAAGGUGGUUAAGUACCUUGAACUUUUUUGCACUUUUGAAGCCUCAGAAAGUCUGACUUGUUGAAUCGUUGGAUACAAAGCACCUGCAAGGGAAAAUAAAUCAAGGUGGAAGGAAUCUGGUUACACUGGAAAAACUGAACUGUGUUUUUAGGGUAGCACUUUGCUGCCUUGAAAAAGAAGAGUUGGAGGAAAGCCUCAGCAUUGAUGGCACCUUCCUUUAAAACGACGAAGUGCAAUGAAUUGUCUGAAUGGCUCUAUGUGUUGAUGGUCUAUAAACAUUUCUACUACAAAUAACCAGCAGGACAAUAAUCACACAUGAAGAAGUGCCGACAAGAAGGAAAUCUGCCUCCAGAGGUUAUUAUGCAACAUACCACAGUCUGCAACAGUUGUGUGCCCAGAAGACGUGUCAGAGAAGUGUUUUUGCAAGCAUGGAUGCAAUCUUUGGUGUCUUUGUUCCUCAGAUGGCAAGUAGCAACCUCAUCAGCACCAAACAGCGUUAUGUUACAAUAAAAACAGCAAAUUGGUCUGCCUUGCCUGCUUUCCAACCUCGCCCUCUUGCAUCUGUCAGCCAGCUGUCCUGAGAACUGGGGGAAACCACUGCCUUUAGUGCUGGAAGUUCACUCUUUAAGUCAUGGCUGCUUCGGUCCUUCUCCUUGCCAUGCACUCAUGCACACACAUGCCCUUAGCCCUUGAACUCUGUUACUUACGUCCUUGCUUGGUUUAAGCCUGGUAAGGCAAACACAGUUGGGGCAGCAAAAUGAGCAGGUGUGGUUGGAAACAGCUCUGCCUGCCUUCUGCAGUGGAGGGGUGUCACUCACAUGGACAAGUCUUCAUCCAGUUGCUUUUUGUCAUCUUGAGGGGUGAGGGUGGAUAGCUGUACUGGGUCACUGUGAUUGCUUGGACAUUGUUCUGAGUCUUACAUGGGGAAGAACUGCUUCUGUUUAAGGAGGGACUAAGUCGCUGAGUGUGGAACAAAAGACAAAUUUUGCAUUUGGAUAUUUGCCUGCAACCAUUGCUGGUCUUGGUGAAUAUUGAUUUGGUGGAUUUGGUAGCAAAGUAGGGCAUCCUUCAUGUGGGAGAUAACUAAUGCUUUUUCUCAACCAAACUACAGGAUGGGCCCAGUGACUUAGAGAUCUGUCAGGGGAACAAGAAAGGGAAUAAUUAGCUGUUUGCAAGCAUUUUUUCCUUGUCAGGAGUUGCAUUUUUGAAAUUGUGAUUUUUGCAAGUGACAGUAACAGUGAAGGCAACAUCUGUGACAUUCAGUAAGAUGACACCGUUCUCUACCCAAAGAUUUCCUGUUGUGUGACAGUAGUGUCCUGCCAUACUCCUAUCUAAUAGUGUGCCUUAGCUCUCUGGUCCCCUCUUGCAUCCCUUGCUCUAUCUCUGACAGACCUGUGGGAAUGGUGAAGAGGAUGGUAUCACAAAAUAAUUGUGCUUACAGGAAAGAAUUAGCUCCCUCUUCUGCAUUAUUUCAGGAUGGAGGAACAGGUCUGCACGCAUGCAUCAGUACCCCCUUUGUAAAAUACUUGCCUGUGGAUUCUGAGGCUCACAAAAAUAGGCAGUAAAUAGAUAUCAGCAAAAGGUUUGCAUUUCCAAAAGUAGUUUCUUUAGAAAUGCCCCCUGCUGUGGGAAAGCCUGGAGUCAUCUUGCCUCUGGGAGGAGCUGAUGGGAGCCUGUGGCAGCUCUGCCCUUGUCCCAAGCACAAGAGAGCUCUCCUCUCACCUUCCCUGGCAGCACAGGAUCCUGGCUGGGUCUUCCCACACCUUCAAGGGACUGUCCUUUUAUGUUCACUUUAUUAAAAGCCUUAGUGCAUUUCAGGGAUAAGCUGUCCUAACCAGUCGAAGGAAAGUCCAUGUCCCACCCUCCCCAUUUUACUUCGCUUGCCCUCCUCUUCCCUGGAGAAGCAACUGCUCUGAGACAGCCAGGGACAGAGAGAGGCUCAGUGGUAACUGUUUUGUUCUCAGGAAGCACAGGGAUGGCCAGAUGGCCUGAAGGCUUGACAUGCACUUUGGAGCUCGAUUCCAGACUGGUGGGUCGAUGCCUUCUUCCAACUUUGUCUUCAAACAAAGCUAGUUUUAGGAUCACCAGCUGAGGAGGAGGAAGGAAGGAAGAAAGCUUUAUUGAACCUGAAAACCUCUGUGGGAGUCUUCAGGAACCAUAGCAGAUUGUUAGGGGUAAGCAUAAGGUGAAGCAGGGAUGUGGGUCCCCCCUAUACUUUGAUUUCACGUACACCCAUCUCCCUCCCUGCUGCCAGGCCAGGUUCCCCUCAGAGGGCUGCUGGCGCAUGGCUUUCCUGCCCCAGAGGGGACUGUCUGCUGCAACCCGCGAGGCAGGGCGUGCAGCCACCCCCAUCCUGCAUCCAGCUUGGUGUAGCCCACAGGUGCACCAGGUCCUGUCCUCACCUGCCCUCUGGGCGUUUUGCCCAGAUAGUGAUAAUCUGUUGCCCUGCUCCUAGGAAAGCUCAUGCAAGGGUGUUGGGCAGGCAGAGUUGGUAGGGAGACACCCAGUGAAGGCAGAUGAACUACUGGCAUUUGCUGCUUUACAGUUGGGAAAAGGCAGCACGUGCUGUGGUACUAGGUGGAGGUGGUCAUGCAAGGGCUGUUCCCGCUCCCAGGGCAAACUACCCCGGGCGUCAUAGGAAACAGAAUCACAGGCAGUUUGUGUCACACACAUGUGGGGGGCUAAUUCAGGGCUCUCAUUUCAAAAGUCAUCUGUGGAAGCAUCAGUACCAAGCACGUAGCUUGUAUGGUACCUGCAUGUACCAUAGCAGGAAGCUAUGUUUUGUUUCAGGUCAUAGGGAAGACUGUUUAAAUAAUGGGUAAUUUUUAAAAAGCCAUCAUAUUUCAACCUUGAGCCAGGUCCGAGGCCUGCAAAGAGUUAAGAAAGAUGCUCAUAAUUUUCACUUGGGCCUGUUCAGGCCUUUAAAAAAAAUCUAAACCAAAAUAUAAGUGGAGGAAGUAGCAUUUGCCAUUAGGAAACAAAACCAUGAAUCCAAGGAAAAACAGAGGUGAUGGUUGAGUCCAGAAGGAUAGGAGGCAGCUAUGGUGGCAAAGCAGCAUCAUUUCCAUGCAAUAUUUAUUUAGAAGAAAUAAUACAUGUGUUGAAAUUGUGAAAUGUUCUAUUUUUAAGAUGCCAUUUAUUUAAUAGGUGAAAAACCCCACUUACAUGGAAAUAGAAACCUCUUCUGUAACUGAAAGUCAAAGUCUGACUGCAAUGUCCUUGUUUUUGGUUUUGUCCUCUCCAUUCCCUCUUGGUUCCUAUUAUUAAUCUGUACAACUUAAACUUAUUUUGGGGAUUUAUGUCCCUCUUGUAAAUAACUUUUUCUGCCCUGUGUGUGAUGGAGUUUCCGAGAUGGUUGAUUCAGUCAUAUGGGGAAAUAAACAAUAAAUGAAGUAGCCUGUUUGUUAUGAGUUGUUGCAAGAGUCCUCAUGUUCUCAGCUUCUUGUAGAGAAAUUGUAAUUUGCCUGUUCUCUCUGAAUGGUCAUAGUGUUUCCCUUCUGAAUGAGGUUUAAGUAUGAAUUUCUGUACAAGAAGUCUCUGUUUCAGUUGCUCCCCUGUUUAUCGCCCCUUGCCCUUUCCUUUAGGAACAAGAAUGGCUGCAAAUCUAGAUACUCAGAGUGGCAGGAGGUUCAUGGCUCAAGACAUCUGCCUCCUGUCCUCCCGAAAUGGAUUUGGGGAAGACUGUGCUGGGGUCAGCCACUGAUGACCAGCAGAGCCUGGCUGUGAGUGCUCGCUGACGGGAAAAUCCCACGGGUUGGUUUCAUGCAGUCAGACAAGUUAAAUAAGAAAACAAGGAGCAAGACACAGAAAUGGCGGUUGAAGCAUACUGUUCCAUGUUUGCCACAAAGGUGUUGCAGGCUCGGUGCUGGGAGAAGGGUCUGCUCAGGUCUAGUUCACGGACACCUUUCUGAAGCAUUGCGAGGAGGAUUUCCCUCAGAAUCCCGCAGGAUUUCAUGCCCCAUGGUAGCUCUGCUUCUCAGUGGUCGUGCAAGGUGUUCUCUUUGCAAUGGCCUUAAACUUCUCAUUUGAGGCUUCUCCUACUUUUUGUUUUAUGUUGGGCAAUGUAACUUUCUUGGAAGAAUGAUUUUUGCAUCUCUCUAUGCACUAUUGUGAUAGAAUUUGUGUGUACAAUUCAGGUCCUCUCUGUAACAGGCAUUGCACCUAAGAUGUUUGCUAAUAAUGAUGUGGUUUUCUAAUGUAGUGUGUAAAUUGUAGAGGAUACUGAAACCUGUUUUAAUACCCACUAGAUAUGUUGCUGUUACAGAUGUUGUAUACAGAAAUGUACACUUGUUUUUUGGGUCAAUGCACUUUUUCACUGCACACUUAAAAUCCCAAUGGCAAUGUUGGUAUUAAAGUAAGAAUAACAGGAAAAAAAUCUAGUUAAAAAAAGAAAAGUGUCAAACAUCUGCAGAUCAGCAUUUGGUGGGAUUUUUAGCUACAGACUAGACAGGAGGAGCUUGGUGGUGCGUUUGUUCAGGUGAGGUGGGACUGGCACUCAGUUCACUGCCAUCAGUUAGUGUUUCAAGUGGUAUGAAACCAGGUCAGCCCCAGGCUGGUUGCAAGGUGCAUGGAUGGUAAAAAAAGAGCAUGGGAAUAUAGCUUGUGGUUGUGGCCAUACAUAUGUGGAUGAAACAUCUGUGAAUUUUGUUCUGGUUUCGGUGGGGUGCGAGGGGUCAUUGGACACGUGCUGUCCUGUCUGCUGGCUGGGCUGGAGCUGCUUUUCCUGAGUAAUUCAUGUCCUCUGUCCUACCAUUUUCUUCCCCCUUGCACCCCAAAAGGUAUGCUUCCCAAACUCCUCACUUGGGGCAAAAGCAAGGAAGGUUAGUUCUGGAGGUGGGAAGGAGAUGGGGAGUGGACGGAGGGAUGCAGAGGAAGGAGGUGCAAUGUGCCAGCAGGGAGGUCAUCCAAAAGCCAGGGAGGAAGAAGAGGGAGCAGGAGGCAGUGGAGCUGCAGCAGGCAUCAGCUGCCCCGAUCAGCUUCUGCCCAGGGCAGUGGGCCCCCUGUCUAAAAUGGCCAAAAUAUUUUGGUGUGGUUUUCCAAUAAUAUUUUGUUGUUCUUUAUUUAUUGAGCUUGUAUUGACCAAACCUAAUUUUGCAACCAUGUUUAAUUUAUUUUGAGAUUUGUUGUACGUUACAGAUUACCUUGCUUUGUCUCUCUGGCUUGGCUUACCCUUUUCAAAAACAAAUGUUAUUUUUGGCAAAACAGCUGCAUUAAAGUUGAUUCAGUUUCUCAGCCCUGUGCUGCUCUCCAAACACUAAAAUAUCCCAUUGGCAGUCUGGCUUUCUUUAUUGCACUUUUUGUAAUCCCUGUCACUACCUGAAACCAAGUGUUCCUGGGCCAUCAUCAGCAUUUCUGAAUGUGUUUCCAUAAACUUUGUGUUCCCAAAACAAGGACUUGUGUGUGUUACAACUGCAGCAUGCAAUCACUGCUGUUUUGCGAAGUGCUUUGUCAAGGUACAGGGUUCCUGGAGAUCCUGCUGGGUUUUUCUCCUCUCCUGCUCAGUGUUGCUGAGGUUAAGGUUUUCUUUGGGUCCAACAUUUCAUAUAGUAGCAAUACAACAAUGUUGUCCGCUUCUGUUGAGCCAGCAAAGCUGCAUCCCAACCAAUGGGGUUUUUUCUGUUCUCUUUCAAUAUUUGGAGGCAUGUGUCAGCCUGUACGUGGUCUGUGGCGGCUGAAAGGUAUUUCUGAAAGUUGCUCCAGCCUGUGCACCUUUUUGUUUGCCACACACCAGGUGCAGCAAGUUCUGAACUUGCUUGCGAGUUCUCUUCGCUGUUCAGAGAAGAACUAGUUAGGAUUCAGAGUCAGGCUUUUGCUUUGUCUUGUUUUUCCAGAAGGCCCUGGGAAAUGGGGUGAGUGAGAUGCAAUCUGCAAAGCAGGGCAGGAGCUGAAGGGUUUCGUGAGUGGUGUUUUCUUUGCAAUGGAAAUGUAUACGGUCGUGCCUGGGCGCCAGCAGGGCUCCAUCAGGUCUCCAGAUGGCACGUGAAUCAUGGCAUGCUGGUGAAGCCACUGCUUGCCUGCUUGGUUGCCAGCCACCCUCUCCUUGCAUUUCUGGGUCGAUUCAGUGGGAUUUCAGUUUCAACUGUUACCAUACAGGGUUGGGUUGGUUUUUUUCACCCCACAUUACUCAUCAACUUAGAGUGUAAAUAACAUCUGGAAUUCUUAGUGAAAACGUCCUUAAAACAUAACUGUCAGGUUUCCUGAACAUGGAACACUGGUCUUAAAUCUGUUAAAUGGCCCUUAUCCUGUGGGGAGUGACAUGCCAGUCCUCCCUCUCACAGCAGCUCUUCACAUGCUGGGACACAGCAGUGGCCUGGGCUCAGGAGUGGCAUGAUGUCUUAGAGCCCCAUGGAGAAAUGAGGAUGCCAAAUGUCUUGCAAAAUAAGUCUCCAGUGGGAAAAGAUGUGCAAAUAAGUGAGGGGAGGAGACUGAUGUAUUUGACUUCAGCACUGAAUCUGUACUCUGAGGCUUCUGUGAAUAAGAAAUAGCUGCCUUUUUUUGUCUUUUUUCAAGGACUAUAAAUCAGAUCUGUGAUACAGCUUUAAAAAAAAAGGCUUAAAAAGGAAAAAUAAUCUCCAAAGUAAUUGUGCCACAGAUCUUAUGUUUGUUUGUUUUCUGUACUGAGGAUGAAUUGCUGUGUGUAUGUGUGUGUAUAUGUAUAUAUAUAAAUUAAAAUAUGAGUUUUGA